AUGUCAGCCGAACACCCAGUCCAAAUCACACCUACCGCACCUGCAACUACUGUCCCAGGGGCUCCAGUAGUCGGAGGUGAAGUUUUACCUAAACCAGUCACUCCUGUAGAAGCUAUUUCAGCCGAACCUGCAAAAGCUUUAGAUCCUCUCACAGAACCUACAAUCUUGGACAAAGCUCAGGCUUUAGCUAAACCUUAUCUCGAGAAAGUCGAACCUUACGCUCAUAAAGUCCAAGACGCAGCUAAGCCUUAUACCGAUAAGAUCGAAGCUAAAGCAAAGGAGAUCAUUGAUAAAAUCGAGGGAAACGCACCUUCAACUUCUCCUACUCCCACCUCAUCCAACACAGUUGAGAAGAGUCUCGAUAGCGCCAGUACCACCACCACUGAGACAGGUGAGAAAGCUAAAGGUAUCUUUGAGCAAGGUUUGAGCGCUGUCCAAUCUACCUUCACGCAAAUUACUCACACUAUCGAAGAGAAGACCGCUUCUCCCACUCAUCCUGGACUGAUCACUCAAGUCACCAACGCUGCUGCUAAGGUAGGAGAAAAGAUUGAGAAAGCUUUGAACGAUGUCGAUGCCAACACCACUCCCUCAGGUCACCCAGUACAGACUACAACCAACGUCGUACCUCAUAUGCCCCCAGCUCCCCUUUAA